AUGUCUGCUGAGACGAAAGCCAAGUGGAGUUGUUCAAACUGCAAGGCAGGCAGUAACGUAGCUCUAGUUGGUAAGGCGGUUGAGGAGGAGGAGGAGCGGGAGGGGGCUGCUAGCAAUACAGCGACUACUUCGACUGCAGCGGAUUGUCUCUCUCCCACCGACCUUCAGCUUAUCAGAGAACUGUUAUCUACGGAACUACCUAAGCUCAUUCAAACGGAGUUAUCACCGCUUAAAAAAGAGAUAGCUGAUCUACGCGAUUCUGUUGUUUUCAUUUCCAACGAAUUUGAUUCAUUCAAAAAGGAACUUGAGGCGCGAAAAAACGAACUUAACAACAUGAGACGUGAAAUAACUGAGUUGAAAAGUGAAAAUAAACUGAUGAAAAGUGAGUUAGCUGAUCUGCAGAGCUACACACGCAAAGAUAACGUUUUAUUAAUCGGCUUCCCAGAAACUGUAAAUGAAUCUGUCUAUGAAAUAUUUGAUAGGAUUUCUGUAGGUAUUGGUAGCUCCGUGAAAUCCGAAAGCCUGAGUAUCGCUCACAGAAUGCCAAGUCGUGCUAAGGGUGCAGUCAAACCUAUUGUACUGAAAUUUCUAAGACGUCAGGACAAGCAUACGUGGAUGUACAAUUUCGGAAAUUCUGCUAAAAAAGAUAAGACUGGACCGGGAAUCUCUACGAAGAUAAUUCAAAAGGACUUGUCAGAGGGGCGAGUAUUGGCUCUCAACCAUCUUUCGCCUUUCCAUUUGGAUCUAUUGAAGAAAACCAAAACAGAAGCAGAGAAUAAGGGCUACAAAUUCGUCUGGGUCAAGGAUGGGAGAAUCCUAGUCAAGUUAAAGGAGGGAAAAGAAUGUCCUACUAUCCACAUUAGAACAGAGGACUUGAUUAAAAUAUAG